AAGAAGAAGAAGAACAAGAAGAACAAGAUCAAGAACAAGAACAAGAACACUGAAGAACAGGUAGGUUGGAGGGGUUAUGGUGAUGUUGUUUCUGUACACAUUCUAUAAUGUUAAAUACAAGUCAAGUGUACAAGUUAACCCUAACUUGCUCCAGGGGUUCCGUACUGCUAUGGCUGCCCUUACGAAAAAAUAUUGCAGUCAGAGUGCAGUAUAACUGCAGUACACUGUAGUUUAACUGUAGUCAGAGUGCAGUAUAACUGCAGUACACUGUAGUUUAACUGUAGUCAGAGUGCAGUAUAACUGCAGUACACUGUAGUUUAACUGUAGUUAGAGUGCAGUAUAACUGCAGUACACUGUAGUUUAACUGUAGUUAGAAGGCAGUAUAACAGCAGUAUGCUUCAAAUACUGCGUCCAAAUAAGUGUUUUUUUUACUGCAGUAAUUUUGCAGUGACUGCAGUUACCGUGCAGUAUAACUGUAGUUCACAAGUCAUUAUUCUGCAAUUAAUGCGUCCAAAAUACCACAGUCGACUGCAGUUAUUGCACUUUUACUGCAGUUUCAAAACUGCUCUCUUUUUUUGUAAGGGUGACCUUGUAAAACAACACAUUUCACUGCACCUAUCUGGUAUAUGUGACAAUAAAACACAUAUUUUUUGUUUAGAUAUAUAUGUAUAUAUAUAUUUUAUACUUUUAUUGAACAAAGAAAACAUAAGAUGAUGAUACAAAAAACUAUGCAUACAGAACUAGCAAAUACUUUUUGAUACAUUUUCUUCAGUACAUGAUAUGUUUAUUUUUUUGACCUUUAUUUUGACAGGGAAGUUAACCACAUAGAGAGAUACAAAAUAAUGGGAAAAGUGUGAGUGUGUGGCGUGCUAUAACAAUGUUGUCUGAACCACUUGUCUGAUGCUGCUGUAUGACACUGCCAUGUUGUGGUGCGAUAUGGUAAUGCCACUGAACGUUCUCACAGAAAGGGGUUGUAUUCACUAGAAACCAAACGAAAGCAAACGGGGAGGGACUAACCUGACCCUGUCUAAUAAGAAACGCUCGUUUUCGUUCCAAAACGUUUUCCGUUGCAAAUAGUUUUAUUAUGGUUUGUACGGUGUGCCCAUACGACCCUGUUAUGAUCACAUGGUCAAUUAUAUUAAUCUGAUUACACAGCGAUAUGAUGACGUUUCAUGAAAGGGUUACCGUGUUUCCUUAUGCGUAAGUAAACCCCAGUAUCCCUUGGUGCUCUUUAAUACGUGUUUUGUUGGCCAGAAGACUGAAAACCUUACAACGAGACCAACAAUACCAGCGAUAUAAUCAAAGACCUACUGUAUCAGCGCGAUGCCAGGGAGUAAGUUACAACUUUGGGGAAAAAUCAACCAGCCAGCUAUCAACUAUAUGUGAUAUGUGUCUCAUUUCAAGUUGAAUGUCAAGGUCUGUUUUUUGUGUGCUCCAGUAUGAAAGCUAGCUAGCUAGCUAGCUAUAUUCUUUACAUUUUAUAAACGUGUUUUGUGUUUAUUGCUCUGUAUUUUGACAGUCUUAAGGAGGAAUGUAGGCAUAAUCGUAGCCCAGAUCUGCACUAUCGUCUAAGCUUGAUGUACAUUCCCGGUAAUACACUCAUUCCCCAGUGGACCGACCCCUACAUAAAGCAUCCUCCAUUCAGGCUGCAAAUGCAUAAUUUUCCUCCUUAAAGAUGCCCUUUGCAGAAAUUGCACAGCCAUUUCCUGGUUGCUAAAAUUCUAGUUUGCCUAAUUUCAGUUUAUGUGACAAAACAAGCAAGUAUAGAGUAGAGAAUCCUUGUACCAUGUAAACCUAAGUGAAAUAUAUUUUCCAUAACCAAAAACAUUGUAUUUUCAGCUGUUUGAAGUUGGUGUGCAAAGCCGAAAGGAAAAGAAGCAAAACUAAACUUAAAAACGGCAAGCAUAGAAAUAGUACACAUAGAACAGAUCUAUCACUACUUAGACUUGGUUUCAAUGAGAAUGACAGAUCUAUAACUCACAGUUCUAUGUGAAUUUUGCCAGGUCACCCAAAAAGUUACAUAUCGUAGCUUUUAACGGGGAGAAGGUGGAAAAAUGUUCCUCUCACUUUCUGAGUUUGUGUAUCAUCAGGAAGUAGCUAGCAUUCCUAGGCAUUAGCCACUAGCAUCAUUGUGAAAUUUGUGUUUUACAAAGAAAGUACGCAUAUUUUCCCCGUUCUUUUCCGCCUUCUCGCAUUUCAUGUUAGUUCAGGAGGAAAAUGAUGCCUUUGCUGAUGAGUAUUUUUGUAAUAAUAAUGUAUUAUUUAUUUGUUUUUGCUCAAUCUGAUUGGGAGGGCCUGGCUCACCCAUGCCUACGCCCCUCGUAUACAGUAUACACUACAGUAUUUAAUUUGCAUAUAACCCUGCCCAUUCCCUUCCCUCAUAUCCUAAUUUGUGCCACCCAUAAGUGAGAAGCCUACAUGCCAAGUAUAGACUAUAUAUUAUGUUCCUUACAGGUUAUAGAAAAGAGCACAAGCUCUGAGUUAUCCGUUUAGACCUCAGUCCUACCUACCUACAGGUUAUGGGAAAUGUGCUCUUUGAGUAUUUUGUCGAGUAGGUUUCCUCAAGGAGAAAGACCCCAUUGCUAUGUCAAAGAUAAUAAAACAAAAGCACUAUCGUAAAUACUACAGUAAUGUCUGCAAGAACACUACAGUAUACUACAGUCUGCAAAAACACUACAAUAAUUACUAUAGUAUAUACUCAAGUUUUUAUACUAUACAAGUACUUAUACUAUAGUAAACUAUAAAUCCUACAGUAUACUACAUUCGUGUCCGCAACACUACACUAAAUAGUACAGUAUUCACUAGUGUUUAUGCAGACUUUUGUCCUGUGAAUACUACAGUAUUUAUACCAUAGACAGGUUGAACAAAACCGACGCGUGAGCAACUAUGGGGCAAACAGACGGGGUUGGCUUAGAUUGCCCUUACAAAUAAAGAUAGCAUUUUUGAAUGUGCAUUAAAAGUGGAGUAACUGUAGUCAACUGUGUUAUUUUGGACGCAGUAUUUGAAACAUACUGCAGUUAUACUGCACUCUAACUGCACUCUGACUGCAAUGUAUAUAUUGAAUAUUGAAAAUUGAAAACAUAAAUACAUUUGCACAAUGAACACUUGUUUUCUCUCAAAUACAUCGUUACAGUUGUUGGUUAGCGAGCUAGCGAAUUUGAGCCAUAUUAGCAUAGAUGUGACAUCAGUCAAAACACCUCAAAACAAGACAUGGUAUCAAGAACAAGAUAACACCUACGAUUCCCCACAUGGCAGCUUUCUUGUCAGUGGUCCUCUGUAGCUCAGCUGGUAGAGCACGGCGCUUGUAACCCCAAGGUAGUGGGUUCGAUCCCCGGGACCACCCAUACACAAAAAUUUAUGCACGCAUGACUGUAAGUCGCUUUGGAUAAAAGCGUCUGCUAAAUGGCAUAUUAUUAUUAUUAUUAUUAUUAUUAUUAUUGUCAUUGUUGCUAGCUAUCUGGCCUUCCAGAAUCACAACAAUCAUGCAGACCUUUGCGCCAUUGAAGUGUGCACAUUGUUUCCGUGACGUUGUCAGCUAACCCAUCUAUAGUAUACUAUAGGAUUCUUUCAUGCGUGUGCCCUUGUUCUCUGUGGUGGGUGUUUGUGGUAAAGUCUGUGCGUGGAAGCUGGCUGGAGCACAAUGCUCUCUCUGCACCACAGCUGACAAUUGACCCAUCAUGGAGGUGACGGUAGCGUUUGUGAAGUCAGCAUUGAAUCCAAAUAACAGUGCCCUUGUUAGAACUUGUGGUAGAGAAUGUCACAGGAGGAAUUCUGGAUGAUUAGGGUGAACUUCCCAAGCGGAAUUCAUAAGAGCCAGGGUCAUUAUCAUUACUACUGAUUAUCUGGGAGUAUAAUAUAAUGUUUCUUUCACAAUGUCUUCGAGAUCCUUCUAGCUCCUUCUGUAAAACAAUCCAAUAGCCUACAUCUCAGGUUUCACCUACUGCCAUUGUGCCCUUGAGUAAGGCACUUAACCUUACUCAAGGGAGGGGGGAGGGUAAAAAUAACAGAUCUCUGUUUCACAAUGGACAAAGAAAGUUGUAUGGUUUUGUAUUUCAUUGUACAUAUUUGUUUGUGUGUUACUCCAGGCUGAGCUACCGCAGUUGAGUGAGGAGGAUGCGUAACCGACAGAGGGGGAGGUCAGCUGGGCCUAAUCCUCCUGGCCUCCCAGGUCUUCCAGGUGGGGGUGGAUAACGUUCCCUCUGUGACGCUGGCUGUGCUGGGCCUCAACGUCUACCUCUUCUUGUGCUGGGCCUCAACGUCUACCUCUAGGUGUGCAAGCCUACUGGCGUGGGGACUGUCGCCGCUGCACCACCUAGACGACUGGCACCUGUACUUCAACAUGGCAUCCUUCCUGUGAAAGGGCGUCAAGCUGGAGCCCCGGUUGGGCAGCAGCUUCUAUGCCUGCCUGCUGGCUGUUUUCUCCCUGCUGACGGGCAUGAUUUAUCUGCUGCGGGAGAUAGGGCUCUCGGCGAUCACCCAGGACCACUCUUACAGUAUACAGUGUGCAGUCGGCUUCUCAGGUACUAGCUAGCUACAGUGUCAGUGUGUUUGUUGUUAUGCUGCUGAGGAAGGUUUCUGUCCAUCCUCACAAUAGUUUGGGCCAUGGGAUUUUUUGGACCAGGAAAACCCCAAGGUCAUAGUUAUAGACCUAGCCUAAAAGUGAAUGGGCCUCUGUUGGUCAGUAAAAAGUUGGGGUCAACUCUGUUUUUCAACUCUGUGAAUUUGCUUCCUGAAUUGAAAACUGAAUUGACCCCAAACAUGCUGUGCUGUGAUUGGCAUGGUGAGACUGAGCUGUCUGUCCUGUGUUGUAGGAGUGCUUUUCGUCUGAAAAUGCUGAGUAACCACUACCACCCAGGAGGCGUCUCCUACGUGAUGGGCGUCCUAGUGGCCAAUCGCUACGCCAGCUGGGUCGAGCUGGUGCUGAUUCACGUAACGUCACCAGGGUGAGUUCUCCUUUGUCGCAGGAGUAGUCAGACACACAGACUUUUCUCCCAGUCCAGCUCUCACACGUUUCCAAUAAGAGAUGCUCAUUUUAGUUUUUAAAUUUUUUACCGUUGUGUGCCCAAAUGAACACGGCCCAGGGUUCAUCGUAAGUUCACUAGACAGUCUCUUAUUAUCCACGAUAGAGGGCUCUGUCAAAUAGUUCUAAAUGAAAUGUUUAUACAAAACAUAUAAUGCUCUAUGUAGGGGAGAGUGGGGUAAGUUGAGCCAAAGAGGUAAGUUGAGACACCCUUGUUUCUAGGAAACCAUACACAAAAUCGAUAUUUUUACUAAAUAUUUAGGAAGAGGUCAUCAUUUCAUGGAGUCUGUGAAGGAAGAAACCACAUGGAAAAAGUGGUAAGCAAGUUAGGUCCAAAAAAUGUAUUUUCACCAAGUCAAAUAAAUGUAUUGUGUUAGAGGUUUCAUGAUUCUUGUAUCUAAACCAAAGUAGAUCAUUUUAAGAUUGUUCAAUACAUCAGUUGGGGUCUGUAUAAGCUUCAAUAUGAGGUCCUAAACCUAGCAUGAAAGUGCAUCCUUGUAGCUGUGUGAGCUAAUAUAGUUAAAAUGUUUGCCUUGGGGUAAAUUGAGCCAAUGGCUAUUGUGUAAGUUGGGCUAAUGGCAAGUUAAGCACAUUUAAGUGUUUUCUUCCAAGGUGUAAUGCAAGGCAUUAUCACUGAAAUAUGAGGUAAGCCUGUGUUAAAAUACGCUUUAAAUUAUUAAAAGACCAAAAAGUGUUGAAUUGUGUUUGGAAAAUACAGCGGCAAUAUUUCAUUCAGUACAGAAAUGUGUAGGCGGCUUAAUUUACCUUGUUCCGCGGCUCAACUUACCCCAUACCCAGUAAGUUGUGCCAAGAGAACACUUUUUUUGGACAAGCUAUGUUUUCAAAACUGUAAUGUUUACAUUAAUUCCGAUUAUAUAUUAGGAUACGCAACAGCUUGAAAUAUAUGUAGAUAUCUUUGUUAGAAAGAAUACUAUAUUUCCCUUGGCGGAGUGAUGCUGAAUGUAAUAAAUUGUCAACUUACCCCACUCUCCCCUAGGAGAGUGCACAACCUCACUAGCGGGUCUGUAAUGCCUGAUAAGUGUCUGUUUAUGCAGUGUCCGUCAUGUGAGAAGUGUGUGUAUGGUAGUGUAAUAACAGUGCUCAUCUUGACAGAACAGAUCUUGUUUCCCUAAAGUAGUUUGCUGUGCAUAUGUUUAAUUACGGAGUCGUGUGUGUGUGUUGUAGCCAGGUGGUAACACGCUCCUCUGUGCAGGACCUCCUUUGUGGGACACCUGGCAGGCAUCCUGGUGGGGUUUCUCUACACCGCUGGUCCUCUGAAGAUCAUCAUGAAAAAAAUAGCAGGUUUGUGUGUGUGUGUCUGUGGGCAACAUUUUCCUCACGCUAAAACAUGCGCAACGAGCUCAAAAACCUGUGCAAUGACGAGUUUGGCAUUUUUGUGUCACCUGUAUUUGUGUCUGCACGGAUCCUGUAAAACUUUGGAACUGUGUAGGUGGAGCAUAAAAUGGGAGUGUCAAGGAGAGGUAUGGAAGAGAGUAUGCUUAUUAGCAUUUCCACAUACAAUAUAUACUACUUUGCAUGACUUUAACGAGAGGCUAAGAGACAAGAUUAAAAUGGGGACAAUUAUCAGUGACAAUCCAUAAUAUAAUCAGCCUAUGAACGAGGAUGUUGUUGCUUAUAGGCCAACUUUGAUAUUUCCCUAAAAUACUACACACUACAUGACCAAAUGUAUGUGGACACCUGCUCGUCGAACAUCUCAUUGCAAAAUCAUGGGCAUUAAUAUGGAGUUGGUCCCACCCCUUUGCUGCUAUAACAGCCUCCACUCUUCUGCGAAGGCUUUCCACUAGAUGUUGGAACAUUGCUGUGGGGACUUGCUUCCAUUCAGCCACAAGAGCAUUAGUGAGGUCGAGCACUGAUGUUGGGUGAUUAGGCCUGGUAGGCAUUCCAAUUAAUCCCAAAGGUGUUCGAUGGGGUUGAGGUCAGGGUUCUGUGCAGGCCAGUCAAGUUCUUCCACACCGAUAUCGACCUUGCUUUGUACGGACCUUGCUUUGUGCACAUGCUGAAACAGGAAAGGGCCUUCCCCAAACUGUUACCACAUAGUUGGAAGCACAGAAUCGUCUAGAAUGUCAUUGUAUGCUGUAGCGUUAAGAUUCCCCUUCACUGGAACUAAGGGUCCUAGCCCAAUCCAUGAAAAACAGCCCCAGGCCAUUAUUCCUCCUCCACCAAACUUUACAGUUGGCACUAUGCAUUUGGGCAGGUAGCGUUCUCCCGGCAUCCGCCAAACCCAGAUUUGUUUGUCGGACUGCCUGAUGGUGAAGCGUGAUUCAUCGCUCCAGAGAACGUGUUUCCAGUGGUGGUCCAAUGGUCCACCACUCAAGCCGACGCUUGGCAUUGCGCAUGGUGAUCUUAGGCUUGUGUGCGGCUGCUCGGCCAUGGAAACCAAUAUCAUGAAGCUCCCGACUAACAGUGAUUGUGCUGACGUUGCUUCCAGAGGCAGUUUGGAACUCGGUAGUGAGUGUUGCAACCGAGGACAGACGAUUUUUACGCGCUUCAGCACUCGACGGUCCCGUUCUGUGGCUUGUGUGGCCUACCACUUUGCGGCUGAGCCGUUGUUGCUCCUAGAUGUUUCCACUUCACAAUAACAGUACUUACAGUUGACCAGGGCAGCUAUAGCAGGGCAGAAAUUUGACGAACUGACUUGUUGGAAAGGUGGCAUCCUAUGACGGUGCCACGUUGAAAGUCACUGAGCUCUUUAGUAAAGCCAUUCUACUGCCAGUGUUUGUCUAUGGAGAUUGCAUGACAGUGUGCUUGAUUUUAUACACCUGGCAGCAACGGGUGUGGCUGAAAUAGCCAAAUCCACUAAUUUGAAGGGGUGCAUUCUUUUGUGCAUUCGGAAAGUAUUCAGACCCCUUGACUUUUUCCACAUUUUGUUACGUUACAGCCUUAUUCUAAAAUUGAUUAAAUUGUUUUUCUCCCUCAUGAUUCUACAUACAUUACCCCAUAAUGACCAAGAAAAAAACAGUUUUUAGAAAUUUUAGCAAAUGUAUUAAAAAUCAAUUACUGAUAUCACAUUUAAAUAAGUAUUCAGACCCUUUACUGAGUACUUUGUUGAACCAGAGAUUGAUGAGAAAAAAACAUGUUUUAAUCCAUUUUAGAAGAAGGCUGUAACGUAACAAAAUUUGGAAAAAGGGAAGAGGUCAGAAGAGUUUUCUGUUUGUUCUUAUGUCCCUUAGGGGGCUCCGCUCAGAGGACAAACCUCAUAUGGUUUCAACAUCCCAGGAGAACUGACAGCAGAGGAGAUCAGGAGGUGGCGGCUCCAGAGGAUUGACCACUUUGACUGA